AAACAAGCCGCCUGGACUUCGCUUCAACCGCCCAAAUGCUUGACGUCGAAGACUUUGACGCCGUUUUCCGCGGUCUCUACUACAAUGAGGGUCUCGUGCAAGAGAUUCAAUCAUAUCGAACUGCCCUUGGCGGUCGCACAUUCUUUGAGCGCUUGCUCGUUCUCCUACAGAUCAAAGGAAGCAAGCUAUAUCCACCCCAAUCUCCGCAACAACUCCAGGAACUUCAUCAGCGCAUCGUCUCGGCUGAGACAACGCUGCACAACAAACACUGCCUAGUCUUUUAUCUCCUCAAAGACCUAUCAGCGCAACACCAUGAUACCACGGAGCUUUCGGAAGCCUUUGCAAAAGACGUACAUCUCGAGAAGAGGUUUUGGACCUUUGUUGAAGGGCUCUGGUUUCUCGACCACCUGCAAUUCUCAACUGCCGUCGGGCAUCUGACACAUCCGAGCAUAAUACCGACCUUCCCGGACGAAAUCAUGCAUACUCUGUUGACUGGACGAGACAAGCUUAAUAGUCUGGGCAUGGUCAGGGACCCAAAAGACGAUGUGCUGGCACUCGCAUAUUACAAUUGUGUUAAGCCGCCGCUCGAGGAUGAGAAGAUUCGGGUCGCUUUUGCGAGGUACCUGGCCAAUCGCAACGUCACAGAGAUGUACUACUGGAUACACGGCAGACCAGAGUACGAGCAAAAGCCGCUUCUCGAGAUAGUCAUUGAGGAGACGCUGGACCACGACGCAUGGUCAGAGCGUCCAGAACAUGACGUUUACACACGGGACGCCAAAGCAUACGAGCUGGUUAGCUUGCCUUUGAGUGAAGAGGAAGAGGGGUUUAUUGAGAAGUUCCUCACAGAGGGCAGGGGGCGCACAUUCCAAAACGCGCAAGAUGUAGUGAUGAUGCGCAAGAUUGCCACUGGAAAGCUGGCAGAUGUUGCUGCCGAUGUGGGCACGCGUGGAAGGAGGGUAGAUGGUGUAAACUGGGACGUAUUAAAAGAUGGUGUAAAGAGAGGCCUGGGACCUAGGAAGGAUGAGAAGGACUUUGUUGUAUAA